UAAAGAAGAGCCAAAUAUGGAACUCCUCAAAUACCUUAACCCGUCCAUUGUUGUCGUAGCAAUUGCUUUGUGUGUAGUUAUUCAUUAUGUGUCUCGCAAUGCCAUGUCUCGGAGAAGAAGAUUACCGCCGGAAGCAGGUGGCGCGUGGCCAAUUGUAGGCCACCUUCAUAUCUUCAGCGGCUCUAGCCUUCCUCAUAUUGUCCUAGGAGAUAUGGCUGACAAGUAUGGACCCGUCUUCACUAUUCGGAUCGGUGUGCAUAGAGGUUUGGUGGUUAGCGACUGGAAAUUGGCCAAACAACUCUCAACGGCCCACGACGCUCACAUUUCUUCUCGUCCCCAGUCUCGAGCCGCCAAACACUUGGGCUACAACAGCUAUUUGCUUGCUUUGACUCCCUAUAGUCCCUACUGGCGUGACCUUCGCAAACUUAUUUCCAUAGAACUGCUCUCCACUCGACGGCUUGAACAGCUGAAGCACAUAAGAGUGGCCGAGGUCGAGAACUCUAUAAAGGAGCUCUAUAAGCUUUGGAUUGAAAACAACAACCCGGACCAUUCCGGGCAUGUUUUGGUGGAAAUGAAGAAGUGGUUCGGAGACCUAACACUCAACAUGGUCCUUCAAAUGGUGGUCGGAAAACGAAUCUUUGGUACCGAUGAAAAAGAUGGGCGACUUUGCCAAAGGGUGGUGAGAGAUUUUGUUAAAUUUCUUGGGAUUUUUGUACCGGCAGAUGCCCGGCCUUUUUUGGGAUGGCUGGAUAUUGGAGGGUGUGAGAAAUCUAUGAAGAAAGUUGCUAAGGAAAUGGACUCUCUUGCUGACGAAUGGUUACAAGAUCACCGUCGGAAGAAAGAGGCGAUGGGUGAUGGAUAUACUAUCUGUGACGGCGAGAAAGAUUUUAUGGAUGCGAUGCUUUCACAAAUAGAAGGGAUUGAUCUUAAUGGUUGUAGUGCUGACACCGCCAUCAAAGCUACUUGCAUGAGUAUGAUUGCUGGUGGAACAGAUACGGUCAUGGUAGUGUUAACAUGGGCUUUGUCUUUGAUGAUGAACAAUCCCCAUGUGUUAAAGAUGGCUCAAGAAGAACUGGACAUGGUAGUUGGGAAAGAAAGAAAAGUAAAUGAAUUAGACAACAAUAAUUUGAUUUAUUUGCAAGCUAUUGUCAAAGAAACAUUAAGGAUGUAUCCUGCAGCUCCGUUGGGAGGUCCAAGAAUAUUCACAGGAGAUUGCACAAUAUAUGGUUUUCAUGUUCCAAAAGAAACUUGGCUAUUCUUUAACAUGCAGAAACUCCAACGAGAUCCACAAGUUUGGUCUAGUCCUCAUGAAUUCAAACCUGAGAGAUUUAUUAAUUGCCAUAAGGAGGUUGAUGUUUUUGGACGAAAUUUCGAGUUGAUUCCAUUUGGUAUUGGUAGAAGAAUAUGUCCAGGAACAACUUUUAGUCUUCAAAUGUUGCACUUGAUCUUAGCCAAUUUGUUGCAUUCCUUUGAGCUUUCAAACGUCUCUCAUGUAGGAAUUGAUAUGACUGAGACAAUUGGACUAAGCAACCUCAAAGGCACACCACUUGAAGUUCUCUUAGCUCCUCGUCUCUCCGCUCAUCUCUAUUAGUCAAUCACACAUGUAAUGAAUAUAUGUCUUUUUUGGCGCAUCUAAUUAAUAUGUGUGUCUAUGUUUGUAUAUUCA